CCCUCCCCUUAUAAAAACCAUUUAUCACACAUUAAUCCCUCCCAAAUCAAACAAGAAAUUCAUCUUCAUCUUCUUCUUCAUCGUUUACGAGUAAUGUCUCCGAUGAUCCAUGCAGACGAUCUCCACCGAAUCUUCAAAAACUUGGACAAGAAAAACAAAGGCGCAGUCUGCAUUGCUGAGCUGCACGGCCUCCUCGGCCAAAUCGGGGUCCACAGGACCCCCGAGGAGCUCGAGAAGUUCGUGGGGCGCACCACCCUCGACUACUUCGAGUUCCUCUUCUUCUACGAGGCCAUGGUCAAGGCCUCGAAACCAGAACACGAACACAAGCACGAGCAAGAUCUUCGCAGGGCGUUCGAGGUCUUCGACUUGAACGGCGACGGCUACAUCUCGUCGGAGGAGCUGCGGAGCGUGCUCUCCCGAUUAGGCCUGCUCGACGAGAAGCGCGGUGGCGCCGACGAUUGCAAGUGCAUGAUCGGCGUCUACGACGACAACUCCGACGGCGUUUUGGAUUUUCACGAGUUUAAGAAUAUGAUGUCUGUCGCGGAUUCAGGAAAUGAAACUCGUGUGGUCAGACAUGAGGCAGACAAGGCCUUAGUUGACCGAAUUUAAUAGAAUUUUCCGAUUUUUCUUAGAUUCAAUUUGUUUGGAGCAUUGGUUUGAUUAGUUAAUAGUCGGCGGAAUUGUGUUACUUUUUUUUGGCAGUGUUUAGAUUACUAAUUCAACUUUUAUUGUUUGUUUU